ACUGGACAGUCGCCCAGGACGGGUCGGCGGAGCGCAACCUGUUCCUUGAGCUGGCGAACGGGGGCAGCCUUGCGGACUUAUGUAAGCGUUCUAGGGGCAAGCUGAACGAGUCUAUGAUCCGGCGAUGCUGCCGAGGGAUCGUGAGGGGAUUGCAGCACAUGCACUCCAGCGACGUGGUGCAUCGGGACGUCAAAGGUCAGUAUGUCUUAGUGAUGGUCGGCGAGGAGGGUGGGGUAACUGCCAAGCUUUCGGACUUCGAUUCUUCAUGUUGCGUCCACGGGGACAGUGCUGGUGACCGCGACGGCCAAUCGGGCGAUUCAUCCGCUCAGAUAUCGCCUGUACGGCGGGAGGGGGGUGGCGCUUGUCCCGGACUUUCCGCAUCCCUCGCGGGCACCGUUCAGGGGAUGGCUCCCGAGGUAGCCUCCCAGAGCGGCACCCUGGCAGCGGCUUCCGACAUUUGGUCAUUARSGUGCACGGUGAUCGAGAUGGUGACCGGCAGACCGCCGUGGACGGACGUGGAGGGCGCCAUGUCAACGCUGUUUCGCAUCGCGUGCACCAACGAGGUCCCUGCUUUCCCCCCGCACGUGUCAUCAAAGGCCAAAGACUUUCUCUCCAAGUGCCUGGUCCGAGAGCCGUCCCGCAAGAGGUCUGCUUCCCAGCUCCUUGAGCACCCGUUCUUAGCCGACGCUGGGCGCGAAUCAGUCGUUCGUGGGCGCAGCGGAAGAAGCUUUGCGAACCGGGCGGAGGGGAACUGCCAUCCCAAUGAUCUCGUUGUUUUCCAGGGGUGUGCGGAUCGAGCGCCAGCGGAAGCGGAAGGGUUGGUCUCGUCGUGAUUGAGUGGCGGAAGGAAAACUGUGAUGGAUGAUGCUGGCAGAGAAGAAGGUGUUGAGAUGCGCUUUGGCUCUGGAACAGAGAGGUUGACGUGCACCUCUCGGAGUUUGUUGAAGGCUCGCGAACAAGAAGCCUCUCCUCGACUUGUGUUCCAUCUGCCCACGUCCUCGUUGUAAUGUUUGCUCCUUUCGCAGAAGAGAUCCCGAAGAAGGGUACCAUUCAUCCAAACACUCGUUACACUCCCGUUGGAUGUGGAAAAAAAAAGAAACAGCCCAGCUCUUACCUCAAAACGGUGAUUUACCAAGGGUAGCUUUACGAUUAAGAUAAGUGGUAGAACACUCCCAAGAUCCCAACCGUAAACAAAUUUAACCAAGAGGU